GGGUGUUGGGAAGGAAUUCAGGAGGCUGUGCCUCCGGGUUGCGGGGAGAUCCGAGUCAUUUCUCGGGAAUCUCUGAUAGGUGGGCCUUAGAGGAAACGCCGCUGAGCCCCUCAAGAAGCCGGAAACACACCGUUGUCUGUCUGCUUGGGAAGGACAGAAGUUGGCACUUCUCUGAGUGAAGAUGAGGAAAAGGCUGUAAACCAGCCAGAGGAGCCUUGAAGCACUCCUUCCGCGUGAGAAGGCCAUGGCUGCUGGAAGGAGGUGAACGCCACAAGGAAGGAUGGCUUCCAGCUUCCAUCCCGCUUAGCAGCAGCUCCCGCUCCCGUUCCCGCUCCCGACCCGGUGGGAUGUGCCAUUAGACCAUCAUGGACGGAGUCCUCGGUGCUGCCCUGCAGCUGCAGCAGCUCCCGCCCACGAGCAGCGCCGACUCUGCCAGCGAGGCUUCCUUCUCCUACAAGGAAAACUUGAUCGGCGCCCUUUUGGCGAUUUUCGGACAUCUUGUGGUCAGCAUUGCGCUUAACCUCCAGAAGUACUGCCACAUCCGCCUGGCAGGCUCCAAGGACCCCCGGGCCUAUUUCAAGACCAAGACGUGGUGGCUGGGCCUGUUCCUGAUGCUGCUGGGCGAGCUCGGUGUGUUUGCCUCCUACGCCUUCGCUCCGCUCUCGCUGAUCGUGCCCCUCAGCGCGGUCUCCAUGAUAGCUAGCGCCAUCAUAGGAAUCAUAUUCAUCAAGGAAAAAUGGAAACCGAAAGACUUCCUGAGGCGCUACGUCUUGUCCUUUGUUGGCUGCGGUUUGGCCAUCGUGGGCACCUACCUGCUGGUGACAUUCGCACCCAACAGUCACGAGAAGAUGACAGGCGAGAACAUCACCAGGCACCUCGUGAGCUGGCCUUUUCUCUUGUACAUGCUGGUGGAGAUCGUCCUGUUCUGCCUGCUGCUCUACUUCUACAAGGAGAAGAACGCCAACAGCGUCGUCGUGAUUCUGCUCUUGGUGGCCUUGCUUGGCUCGAUGACGGUGGUGACGGUGAAGGCUGUGGCCGGGAUGCUCAUGUUGUCCAUACAGGGGACCCUGCAGCUCCACUACCCCAUCUUCUACGUGAUGCUCGUGUGCAUGGUGGCAACGGCCGUCUAUCAAGCCGCGUUUUUAAGUCAAGCCUCACAGAUGUACGACUCCUCUUUGAUUGCCAGCGUGGGCUACAUUCUCUCCACAACUGUUGCCAUCACAGCAGGCGCAGUGUUUUACCUGGACUUCCUCGGGGAGGACGCGCUGCACAUCUGCAUGUUUGCGCUGGGGUGCCUCAUUGCAUUCUUGGGCGUCUUCUUAAUUACACGUAACAGGAAGAAGUCGAUUCCAUUCGAGCCCUAUAUUUCCAUGGAUGCCAUGCCAGGUAUGCAAAACAUGCAUGACAAGGGGAUGACAGUCCAGCCUGACCUCAAAGCUUCUUUUUCCUAUGGGGCCCUGGAAAACAACGACAACAUUUCUGAGAUCUACGCUCCUGCCACACUGCCCAUCAUGCAAGAAGAACAUGGCUCCAGAAGUGCCUCUGGGGUUCCCUACCGAGUCCUGGAACACACCAAGAAGGAGUGAGCCGCGUGAAGGAGACUCGCCUUCCUCCAUUUGUAACUGCUCAAGCCGUGCUGACCGUGGUUCAAGCCCUAAUUCUAAAACUCACCUUUUAAGUCUUAUUUUUUUAAACCAAGAACUCCAUGGACAGGGAUCUUGAAAAGCCUUUGUCUCUGGCGAAGGGUGUGUUAUCUUGGUCUUGGAAAUUUCAAAUGUUAAGGCUGCGGGGUGGGGGAUGAAAGCAGUAUUCCAGUUGGGUGGUACGAAUGCAGCCUCUGCCUGGUUUAGCCCAGCGGGAUUUGGAAAGCCUUUAUCAUUCUUGAGGAUGUAACUGAGCUUUGUCAGUCAAUGACCAAAGGGUACCACAUUCUUCAGAGCUAAAGCAAGGCAGAGAUUCUGCUCUUCCUUUCCAAAUCCAGUGAAAGGCUGGAGACUGCUAACUCUAGUCUUCCCCCACCUCACGCUCAGGCCUGAUGUCUACCCAUCUUACUCCUGAUUCUGUGUUUGCGAUAACCUUUGUGUCGCCCUCCCAUGGCAGAGUGGGCCGGCCCUGGUGGAACAUUCUGUCACUCGCCUGUAGGGAAAUGCACUCCUGUCUUCCAAUUGUCUGUGCCCUCCCAGUGAAAAUGUGCUUGAUGUGUUUAUAUCGGAUCUACUCUGAAAACUAACUUGUUUUUGGUUCUCUGAGCUGCUUGAUUGCUUUUUUUCCCCCUAAAGGAACUGGGAGGUUAAGAGAAGGGGAGAAUAAAAAGGACAGAAGCAGGGGUGGUGAUACUUCAGCCUAUAAAGGAAAAAAACUCCCUAUUCAUCUUCCAAAAGGUGGUUACAUCACUUGUAAGAGGAGAGACAGAAGAUUUGCCUGUUUUCUGUGUAUUUCCCUGCACCCCAGUGCCCUCUGGGGAGACUGGGGGUGCUCAUUUCAGAGACAGUCUCGCUCAUCUCUCCACCCUCUCCCGUACAGAGCAACAAACCAAGCCUGAGUGAUUGCUUAAUGUCCUUGGAGUCGAUGGAGAGUCUGGGUCCGCAUCCCCGUGCACGUGUGUCUGGGAGAAGCAAGCAUUCUCAGAAAGGGGUCUGCUGCUUUCUUUUCAGCUGCGUCCAUGAUUGUCUUCCCCUAGACUGACUGUAUACUCUUGAGAAUGGCAGGUAAAGGUUUGCAGACGUUAAUGAGCAUAAGGCUCCCCUAGGGGGUUUAUGUGACAUGCAAAUGCCUACACCCCAACCACAGAUACUCUGAUUAAGGGGGACUGGGGCGGGGCCCAAGGGUCUGUGUGCUUAACUGGCAGCACAGGUGAUUCUGAGGCAGAUAAUCCAAGGAUCUCACACCUUGAACACCUAAUAAUGGAAAGAGAUGGGCUGCUAAACCCCCGGGGGCCCACACACCCCUGCUGGAAAGUUAGAAUUCCUAUUUCUCGUUUCCUCUUUGGGGUUCUUUGGGCGCGUUGAAUAAUCCCCAUAGGAUCUGAGGCAUUUCUCAUCCAGCAACUACUACUUAAAACCACACUAACUGCUUCCCUAGGCAGCCUUUGAUAGGCGGGAUAACAGUGUUAAUAGGCCAGUGUUGAUAGAUCAUUAACUUUUGUGGAUUGUGCUUAGGACUGAUUUAGUCCUUGACUUCAAAAACUGACAUCUGUCGCCUGUGAUAACUACUUCCUUACUGUGUCUUCACCACUUCUGUAUUGUGUCUUACAUGCCUGAGAAGGCAACAGACAGUGAGCUUUUUUCCUUUAGGACAGGUAUCAACUCAGUUCAACGAUAUUUAUGAGGCAUUUGUUAAGCAUUUGGAUGGUGAGGGCUACAAAAAUAAGACAUGGUUCCUGCCCUCCAGCGGCGACGUGAACAGCCAGGAAACUAUGGCAGGGCAGGCCGAGUGCAUUAGCCAACCACAGAAAGUGACAGUUAUGAGGCCCUGCUAAGGACAGGCCCUGAGCCCAGAAUGGGGUGUUUGGAAUUGAAGAUGAUUUUGGCCCCACUCAUUGACAGGUGGCAAACCUAGCUAAGAUUUGAGCAAAGCAUAGAAAGUAGAGUGAUCACCGCCAGGUAGAAGGACCAGCAUUUGCAAAGGCACAGAGAUAGGGAGGGGGAGAUGGCAAAGAAAGGAGAGCCAGGGAGGGUGGUAGGACAGGAGGCUGGAAAGAUAAGCAGUGGAGGCAGAAUCCUGGAGGGCCCUGCAUGCCUGGCCCAGGAAUUUAAAGUGUAUUCUAGAGGGCACGGGAGCCAUCGAUGGUUCACGAGGAAGAGAAUGACAGGAUCAGCCCUGAUCUGAAAGGAGACCUUAUGCAGCGUGGAGGAAGAAUCUGAGGGAUAAGUCACUUUUCAAGGUCAAGCUGCAAGUCUGCAAGAACAAAACACAAAGGGGGAAUUAAAAUCCAGUUGCACUGCUAUUCAGAUUUGCGAAGUGAUUUUUCUAAGGUGGGCGGGGUGGGGGUAUCAGGGCAGAGUGGACAAAGGGUAGGUGAGCAGGGAGGCCAUUUAAAUGUUCAAACCGGGUGAUCAUUUGGCAUGUUACGUGCCCCAACCUUACUCUGCCCUCUUCCCCUGUUUUUGGGAUGGGCCUUUCAGCCUCGAGCCAGUGGAGGAGGAGAGGAGGGGAUAAGAGUGCAGGUCCGCUGACCAUCAGGGGUCAAUGCCACCAGGAACUGCGGCUGGGCCUGGGCAGCCCCCUACCUUCAGGUUUGGGGUCGUCCUAGGAACCUAAACUUAGGAAGGAUGAUCAGAGAGCUGCAUGGUGGUUUCCCGAGUGGAAGGCAGGGGCAGGUCACCUGGGUACUCGGAGGACUGCUGCGGUCUCCGGAAUUCUGACUCUGUCUUGGGCUGGCUUCUCAGUCUUUGCCGCCAGGUGUAGAUGGACUGUCUGCUGGUGGCAGGUGAGCAGCACUUGCUGUUAGGCGGGGGGGAGGGCAUCAGCUUUCCACUCACAGCCCUGAGUCUAUUUUCCCUCGUGGCUCUCACCGCCCCCCAAGCCCUCAGGAAUGCUCCGGGCAACAUUACUAGCCCGCCUCUCUCUCCUUCCCAGCAGCAGCACCUAAAGCAGCGUCACCAAACUUGCGUUUAAACUUUCCAGUUGUUCCCUGGUCUCCCUCUCCGCACCCCACUCUGUCCCCCUCUUGGGAGGCUGGGACUUGGGGUUCCCUAAUCGGACAUCAGCACCAGUUCUUCGCAGACUGGUGCCUGCGGGCUUUGUUGAGAGUUCUGCGCCCCCUGGCCCUCCCGGGAAGCUGCAGGUCUGAUGAUGCGUCGGGCGCAUUCGGCUUCGGGUCAUGGGGGGGUUUGCAGCGUGGAAUGAAUGCUGGGCGGGAAGGCAGGACUGACGCCUCCAUUGCUCUUCCUGGGGAACCAGCCGGCUUGGCGGUGCCGUGUAGAUGCAAGAUGUCCGUCCGCGUAGUGUUGGGGACCCUCCACCCCUCGGCCUUGUGAGUUCCAAAUCUCGUCCUGUCCUGGCUGAGAGGCAGAGCAAUUCACUGUGUUUUUGUGAGAAGCUAUGUAAAUGAAGUCACCUUAGAAUAUGUAUUCUGUGUAGAUGCUUAUAUUUCAUUAACCCCAUGACUGAUGGCAUGUCUUAUUUUUCCAAAAAUGUGUGUGCUAGUUGUAAAUAACAUUACGAAGUGGUAUUUAAUUAAAGAAAAUCCAUGUGA